UUAGUUGCAAUUCGGCAACACAUUGUCUUGUUUACAUCUACAAUGCUAGUUGGCAGAAGAUAAUCCUUCUGUAAAUAUUAGCUUUAAGUUAUAUUUUAAUUUUUUAUUUUACUGAAGUCGCUCGAAAUUUCUAUUUAAUCGAUGUUAAUCUACUCACAUGAUCUUUAGCAAUGAGCUGGUUUGACACUGCCGGUAUUGCUAAUUUUGCUAAAACUGCUUUAACUACUGCUCAGAAAACAAUAGAUAAAGCAUUAGACAUUCAAGAGGAAAAAAAUCCUAGAACAGAUAAAAAAGUUGGCACACAGAAAUUGGAUUCUGAAAGUUUUUUUGAAGCCUUUGGUCUGAAUGAAAAACCUUCUACGUCACAACCUACUGUUAAACCUAGUAACAUAAGUUCUAUAAAGCCUAGUCAAAAUGCUAUACCAAGUAGUACCUUAAAGGAAGGUGAUGUACAUGGAUCAGGGUUUUGGUCUGAUACUUGGGGGUCAUUUUUCGAUGGAAAAAACCCUCUGCCACAAACUGACUCAGAAUCUGUUUCUAAAAUUAAACCUACAGAAGACAGUAAUUUAUCUACUGAAAACAGCCACAGAAUAGAUAAUGCUGUCCUUUCACAACCACAAAAAGCUAGUCUGUUUCCUGGAGAAACAUGCCCACCUGUUAAUACUUUUGAAAGUGAGACUGUGAGCUCUUCUGAUCCUUCAAGUUCCUCUAACAUGUUACCUAAUAUUGAGAAAUCAACUAGUCAUUUACCCAUUGUUAGCAACUCAAAUAGCUCUGCAUCCCUACCUGCACAUGAAAUCAGUGAAAAUAAAAGUGUUUUAGCCUCUGAAGAAGAAAUUAGUAGUAGUACACUUACCAUUCCUCAUGAUACUUCUAACCCAGAGGUAAUUGACAAAAAUAUUGACACAAAAUCUUCUGUUAUCACUGAACAACCCUGUUAUGAAACUAACUUAACUGUGACAGAUGUGCCUAUUAUUGAACCAAAUUUGGUUAAAUCCUCAAAGAAAGGUGCCAUACCUUCUCAAGUUGUUUCUGAACCUUUUACCUGUGAUACAUCUUUAGAAGAAAAAAGUCAACAUGUUAAUCCAAGGGGUGACAAUAGCCAUAAACUUGAUGAAAAUUUGCAUUCAAAUAAAAAUUGUGAUAAAACUAUGGAAGAAAGUACAUUCCUUGCCCUAAACUUACCUAUUCCUGCAGAGCAAAGUAUUGCUAAACCAGAGUCAGAGUAUGAUGUAAUAGAGUUAAUGUCAAACAGCCAAUCAAAUGAUCAAGAAAUUAAACUGGAAGAUUCUUUUAUCAAAUCUGGAGACUCCAAUCAUUCAAUGUAUGAUGCCAGUGAAUCAACAUUGAUUAUUCCUGAUUUGCCAGUUUCUAUGCCUGAAAAUAUUGCAAAUUGGGAAUGUUGUGCUUUAGAUACCUUAUCACCCGAUUUGUUUAUCACUGAUGAAAAUGAAAAUAUAGCUCAUAGUGAAGAAAAUGAUCAGAGAGAUUCAAAUAUCUCUGUGCCAGAAGAUUCAUUUCAUGCUCUCGGUUCUGACUCUUUUGGUGAAAGUCGUCCAUGGAUUUCAAACAAGCAAAGUCAUCACCUAAUGGAGGAAUCCCAAAAUUCAUCCAAUGGUGAACGAAAUUCGCAUCAUACUGAUGGUAGUAGCAACAGUAGCAAAGAGGAUGACGAUGAUACUGAUACAGCUGAAGUGAAAGAAUUUGAUACUAAAUCAUCAAGCAGCAGUGGCUCGCAUACAACAUCUAGUUCUUUUGUUAAAUGUUCUGUUGAGGAUAGCAACUCUACAAGAGGGCAAUCUCCUACAUCCACCAUAGCUUCUGAAAGAUCAGACGUCACAAAACAAGAAUCAGAACAAACUACUUCUGGUGAUGAAAAUGAAACUGCUACAUCUUCUGACAUAGAAAUCCUAUCACCGCCAAACGGAGAAAAUGGAGAUCGUAAUGCAUCACCUCUGAAACACAUUUGGCUGCCUCGUCCUCUUAGGUUUCGUAGAGCAGAAAGUCCAAUCUCAGAUAGUAGCAAAGAUAGCAUAAUGCCAGUUGUCAGUGAACUGGAUGAAGUGUGUUAUAUAAAUGAGCCAGAUUCACCUCCAGGCAUGUUUGGAAAUAAAAAUCAGAUGUUAUUACAUCAACAUAAAGAUUAUGAAGACAAUGAUAGUAUUUGCCAACUGCUACAGAAACAAGAUGAAUUACAAAAUCGCCUUGACAUUAGAGAAAAAAAACUGGUUGAAUUGAGUAAAGAAAAUAUUGAACUACAAGAAAAUGAACAAAGACUUAAAAACUUAAUUCAAAAAAUGAGAGUAGAACAAGAAAAAGAAUCCAGGGACAUAGCUGCUCUUACAAGAGAAUUCACCCAACGUCUUUCUCGUGUGGAGGAGCAACUUAAAAAUACAACACGGGAAAGAGAUGAUCUGAAGGUUCAGCUUGAAGAAGUAAAACUAGACUUAGCAAGCAGAAUUUCUACUUCAGAUUUUGAUGAAAUAAUCAAAGAAAAAGAUCAGCAAAUUAAAGAACUAACAGAAGAAGGUCAGAAGUUGUCAAAGAAGGAGUUACAGCACACUACUAUUAUUAGAAAAUUGCGAGCUAAAGAGGAAGAAAAGAAUCGUACUAUAAAAAGUCAAAACGAAGAGCUAAUUGAAAAUACAACAGAGGUAGAAAGACUGAGAAAAUCCAUUGGAGCAAAAGAAGAACAAGAGAAAAAACACAUAGAUGCUAUCAGAGAUCUAACAAAUACUGUUAAGAAAUUAGACAAAGAAGUAUCUACAUUAAAGAGUGAUUUGGAAGAUAGCAGAGAGAAAGAGCUCAGCUUUAAAAAAUCGCUGGACAGCACUUAUAGGGAUCUUACAGAAUUGAAAAAAUCUUACGCAUCAAAAGAAAUUGAAGUUCAGGAAUUGAAAUCCAGUUUAGAGUUACAAGCUAAAGAAAAUUUAGAACAAUCAUUAGAAAAUGCCAAAAAGGAUGCUGCUAGGGAAAAAGAAAGCUUACUUCUACAAAUGCAAGACCUUCGAAGUUCUCUAUCUCGAUCUGAAGAGGAGGCAAAUCUAAGAGAGAAAAUGUUCAAAUCAGAAAUUGCAAGUUUACAAAAAAGAUUGCAAGAAGCUGAUGAGAGAAAUGAAGAUUUAACAAAGAAUAUGUCAUCUGCAACAAGGCCCCUGGUUCGACAGAUAGAAAACUUGCAAGCUACAUUUACUGCUCAAACAAUAUCUUGGGAAAAAAUCGAAAAGAAUUUGACUGACAGACUAAGUGAUGCCCAAAAUCAAAUUGCUGUUCUAUCUGAACGUGAGCGUGCAAGUGCAGAAAGGUUUUCAGAACAUCAAUCAAGAUUAACCAUUCUGGAAUCUCAGAAUAGCUCGUUAAGGCAAGAAAAAUUGCAAUUAACUGCUGAAUUAGAAGAUCUUAGAACAAAUCUACUUGUUUUGGAGGAAAAUAAAAGCAGGGAGAAUUAUACACUCGAAAAAGUAAAACAAAACUUCAAUGCUGAAAUUAAAAAACUGAAACAAGAAAAAGCAAACUUAGAAAGCACAAUGGCAACAUGUUUGGAGCAGUUAGACAUGGAGAAAAGAAAAGUGGUAAAAUUAGAGGAAGAAAUCAAACUAAAGGAUGCUAGAGCAAUGAUAUUGUCAAAUGUAUCUCCAUGUCCAUCACCUACUGGUUCUGUCAGAAGUUCUGUUAGCAGCAUUCAUAAUUGGUCUCAGGAUGAAUCUCAUGAUAUGGGCUUACAUACACCAGUAAAUAGCUAUCGUAUGUCGGUUUAUGAAUCUUUACGAUUAGGAAGUGGUUCGUCAUUGCUUGAAAACUUGCAGUCACAAUUAAAACAAAGAGAGGGAGAAAUAUAUCAACUGCAGUCUGAAAUAUCAAAACUAGAACAGGUGAAAGAAUCAAUGACUUGUGAGUUGGUGCAAUUAUCAGAACAAAAUGAAAAUUUGGAUAAAAGAUUAGCACUACUUGAGUCAUUAGAAAAAGAACACAAGGAUCUUGAUCAAAAAUAUAAUACUCUUCUUCAAAUGUAUGGGGAAAAGGUUGAAGAAACUGAAGAACUACAACUGGAUUUAGCUGAUGUUAAGUCCAUGUAUAAAGCUCAGUGUUUGAAGGAUUCUGAAAAGAAAGAUUGAAGAAUUGCUAAUGAAAAAAUGAUUUUGUUUAGAAUUAUUUUAUGGGAUUGGUAUAUUCUUAGAGUGAAUAACUGUACUUUUUUUUCUCCAAAAUGUAUAUUAUAAAUAAUGUAAAAUAAAACAAAUUUGUAAAAAAAAUAUGAAUUAUAUGUACAGAUGUGGAAUUUUUGAAAGUGUUAAAGCUGAAUUUGUAAACAAUGUUUAUAUUUAUUGUGAUAAGUUUUAAGUGCCCUACUUUAUCAUUAUUCUUUUUAAUAUAUUACCUAACUAUUUAUCUAUUGUUUCAAAUAAAAUUCAGUUUUAAUCAAAAUGUAAGCAUUUAUUCUGAAAAAAAAACUUGCUAAUUAUAUAACUAUACUUUUGUAUUUUAAUUCUAUUCUCAUAUAAUUCAGUUAUUAAAAUUUAGCUCAACAUUUGUGCAUUUUGUUAUUUUUAAAUCUUUUCAUAAAAAAUAUUUUCUUGAGGCUGUGGGGCAUCUUGUGUGUAUCACUUUUUUUCUCAUAUUUGCAACAUUAAAAUGUUGUUUUAAAAACUUCUCUGAGAACCCAGUGUGAUAAUUAGCACUUGCCUAAAUAAUUUAUUUGUUGACUAUGUUAUGGAUUAUUUUGUAUUCUAUAAUAGAGGUUUUUUAAAUAAAGUUACUGAUUUAUCAGA